AUGGGCUUUGCCCAGUGUGAAUGGCCGAUAUGGCAGAUUGACGACUUCACCUCGUGUUUCCAAUUAGACUACCUCAAGGUUCUACUCCCUCUCAUCGCCGUCGGCCUCUCCCUCGCCCAUCUCACCACGAGCAGCCUCCACGCCAUAAUCGCCAACCGUGCCGCCAAGGGUUACACAAAGAUCUCGGCCGACGAUGACGACGACCAACAACAUGAUCACACCAGGAUCCCCCCCGAUGAACUCGCUGGCGUGGAAGAGGAGGAGCAGCUCGAGAUCAAUGCCGGUCGCCUCGCCCUCGCCAAGACCACCACCCGCGGCUCCGUCGUGCAGGCCGACACCCCUCCCGGCAUUUACCUGUCCCAGAUUGUCGAGGCCGUCACCGUCGCCGGCCUGAUCGCCACCAAUAGCUGCGCCCUCGCCUCCAAGCCGUACAUCGCCACCCACGGCUACGCUGCCGCCGUCACCGGCAUCCUCGUCUGGUCCUAUGUCCUGGUCAUCGUCACCCUCCGCCUGACCCUUGGCAGGGCCACCUGGCGUCUGCUGCACCUGUGGAACCACACCGCCACGCUCUACGGCCUCAACUUCCUCUUCGACGUCUUCAUCCUCCGCUCCGUCAUCAUCCACCCCCCUUCCAAGUCCACCCAGGUCCUGUCCAUUGUCGAGUUCGCCCUCGUCUCGCUGCUCUUCGGGCUGGCCGUCACCACUCGCAGGGGUAACAGCACCGUCCUGCUCGAAUGGGAGGAUGGCAUUGAGCCCUCGCGCGAGCCCCUGGCCAGCCUCUUCUCCGUCGCCACCUUCAGCUGGGUCGACGCCAUCAUCUGGAAGGGCUGGAAGCAGCCCCUGGAGAUUGAGGGCGUCUGGAACCUGCUCCCCAAGGACAAGGCCGCCGCCGUCCUGUCCGACUACCGCCAGCUCAAGAAGACGACGUCGCUCGCCCUGCACCUGCUCAAGUACUUCAAGGCCAGCCUCGUCGUCCAGUGCAUCCUCGCCGCCGUCUCCGGCCUCUUCGCCUUCGCCCCGACCCUCCUGCUCAAGGCCAUACUCGAGUACGUCGAGAAGCCCGAGCGCGCCCCCAAGAAUGUCCUCUGGCUCUACGUCAUCGGCCUCCCCGUCCUCGACCUCGUCCGCUCCUGGGGCGACAACACAGCCCUCUGGAUCGGUCGCAGGAUCUGCAUCCGCGUCCGCGCCAUCAUCGUCGGCGAGAUCUACGCCAAGGCCCUCCGUCGCAAGGCCGCCGGCGGCGGUGACAAGGUCCUUCUCGAGGCCAAGCCAACCGCCCAGGACAGCAAGUCCGAUGACGAGAGUGCUGGCAGCAAGCUGAAGCGCGCCCUGGGUCUCGGCAAGAACAAGAAGAGCACCGACACUGACGGCAGCGACACCGAGUCCGCCACCGCCACCGCCACCACCGACUCGGCCGCCAAGCCUGCGUCUGAUGCUGGCAGCGAUGACCAGGCCAACCUGGGAACCAUCAUCAACCUCAUGUCCGUCGACAGCUUCAAGGUGGCCGAGAUCACGGCCUACCUCCACUUCCUGUGCGCCUCGGCCCCGGCCAUGCUCGUCAUCUCCGUCGUGCUCCUGUGGCAGGUCAUGGGCUACAGCGCCAUCCCCGGCAUCGUCGUCAUGGCCCUUCUCCUGCCCGUCAACUAUCUCAUCGGCAAGGGCUUCAACGAGACGUCCAAGAACAUCAUGGCCGCCACCGACAAGCGUAUCAGCAUCACCAACGAGGUCCUGCAGAACAUCCGCAUCAUCAAGUACUUUGCCUGGGAAGAGCGCUUCGGCAUGAUGAUUGACGAGAAGCGCCACGCUGAGCUCCGCUCCCUGCGCUCGCGCUUCCUCGUCUGGGCCGCCGCCGUCGCCACCUGGAACUUUGUCCCCGUCCUCAUCACCUUCUUCUCCUUCCUCGUCUACACCGUCCUCGAGAAGAAGCCUCUCUACCCCUCGGUCGCCUUCACCGCCAUGUCGCUCUUCAUGCUCCUCCGCAUCCCGCUCGACCAGUUUGGCGACAUGUUCGCCCACGUCCAGGAGGCCAAGGUCUCCAUCGACCGUGUCGAGGAGUUCCUCCAGGAGGAGGAGACGGAAAAGUACGCCCAGCUCGGAAGCGACAACGUUGACGAGAAGGGCGUACGCCGCAUCGGUUUCCGCCACUCUACCCUCAUCUGGGGCGCCCGUGAUGCCGUUGCCGACGACGGCACCCAGGCCUUCCGCCUGCUCGACCUCGACAUCGACUUCAAGAUUGGCAAGCUCAACAUCAUUGCGGGACCCACCGGAUCUGGAAAGACGUCGAUGCUGCUCGGUCUGCUCGGUGAGAUGACCAUGGUCGCCGGCCGCGUCUUCUGCCCCGGUGGCCAGAGCCGCGAGGACGCGCGCGAGGACCCCGAGACUGGCCUCACCAACACCAUCGCAUACGUGGCCCAAUCAGCCUGGUUGAUCAAUGCCAACAUCAGGGACAACAUCCUGUUCGCCGCCCCGUUCGACGAGCAGCGCUACAGGGACGUCAUCGUGGCCUGCGCCCUGGAACGUGACCUGGAGAUCCUCGACCACGGCGACCGGACCCUGGUCGGCGACAAGGGCAUCACGCUGUCCGGCGGGCAGAAGCAGCGCAUCUCGCUCGCCCGUGCUCUGUACUCCAACUCGGCCCACGUGCUCAUGGACGACUGCCUGAGCGCCGUCGAUUCGCACACGGCCCAGUGGAUCUUCAGCAACUGCGUCAAGGGCCCGCUCAUGAACAACCGCACGUGCAUCCUCGUCACCCACAACCUGCAGCUCUGCGCCCCCUCGUCCGACUAUAUUGUCCUGCUCGAGAACGGCCGCGUCGACGCCCAAGGCCCGUCCAAAGAGGUUAUCGCGUCCGGCAAGCUCGGCGAGGAGAUUCAGAGGGCCAAGCCCGCCUCCGCCGCUCCCUCGCGCGUCCCCUCGCGCGUGCCCUCGAGCGUAGGCGAGGAGGACAUGGCCCACCAGAGGAACGACUGCGACGCCAACGGCAGCGGGAACGGCAGCGGAAACGGCAACGGCAACGGCAACGGCGCUCAGAAGAGUGACGCUCAGAAGAAGCAGCCUCCCCCCCAGCAGGACGCCAUGGACGAGGGCAAGGUGACGGGUGCCGUCAAGUGGCCCGUCAUGAAGAUCUACCUGACGGCCAUGGGCUCGUGGUGGUUCUGGGUCACGGCCAUCAUCAUCUUCAACUCGCAGCAGCUCACCACGGUGGCCAUCCAGGCCUGGGUCCGCGAGUGGGCCAACCAAUACAUCAAGGAGGAGCAGCAGCACACCCGGCAGAUGGGCGGCAACAGCAGCCCUGCGUGGGCUCACGCCCUCCGCACGUCCAUGUCGACCAAGUUUGGCAACGUCGAUUUCACCAUGACUUCCCCUGCCGACGACACUACCUCUGCCGCUUCCGUCACUGACGUCACUGUUACCGCGACGGACAGGGGCGGCUACAAUGUCAACAUUGCCUACUACCUGUUCAUCCUCGGUCUGAUCGGCCUGGCCAGCGCCGGCACUGCUCUCCUGCGAGACCUGUGGGUCUUCUUUGGAUCGCUGACGGCGUCGCGCCGGCUCCACGACCGUCUGAUACGGUCUGUCAUGCGCGCCCGGUUCAAAUUCUUUGACGUGACACCCCUGGGCCAGCUGAUGAACCGCUUCAGCAAGGACAUGGAGGCCAUCGAUCAAGACAUCGCCCCCACGGCCAUCAGCGUCAUGACGUGCGCGCUAUCGCUGGUGGUGACGGUGGUGCUCAUCACGGUCAUCACGCCCGGGUUCCUCAUCGCGGCCGUCUUCAUCGGCAUACUGUUCUACCUCGUCGCCGCCUUCUACCUGCGCGCGUCGCGCGACCUGAAGCGCCUCGAGUCGGUGCACCGCAGCCCGCUGUUCCAGCAGUUUGGCGAGACGCUGAGCGGCAUGACGACGAUCCGCGCCUACGGCGAGGAGCGCCGCUUCAUCCGCGACAAUCUGAUCAAGGUGAACACGCAGAGCCGGCCGUUCAUCUACCUGUGGGCGUGCAACCGCUGGCUGGCGCUGCGGGCCGACAUCCUGGGCGACUUGGUCGCCUUCUUCGCCGGCGUCUUCAUCAUCCUCAGCCUAGGCAAGAUCGAUGCCGGCGCGGCGGGCAUCUCGCUGACGUACGCCAUGAACUUCACCGAGAACCUCCUGUGGCUGGUGCGCUGCUACGCCAUCAACGAGCAGAACAUGAACUCGAUGGAGCGCAUCAAGGAGUACCUGGACGUGGAGCAGGAAGCUGACGAGGUGGUUGACGGCAACCGUCCGCCUCCCAACUGGCCGAGCAGGGGAGCGGUCGAGUUCGUCGACUACAGCACCCGCUACAGGGCGGACCUGGAGCCCGUCCUGCGCGGCGUGUCUCUCAAGAUCAACCCGCGUGAGAAGGUGGGCAUCGUGGGGCGAACGGGCGCGGGCAAGAGCUCCCUCACGCUGGCCAUGUUCCGGGCUCUCGAGGCCGACUCUGGGCGCAUCGUCAUCGACGACGUGGACAUCAGCACCAUCGGCCUGCGCGACCUGCGCAGCAGCGUGACGAUCGUGCCGCAGGACCCGACGCUGUUCCAGGGCACGAUCCGCACCAACCUCGAUCCGUUUGAGCAGUACACGGACGACGACGUCUUCGCGGCGCUCCGUCGCGUGCAGCUGAUAGGGCCUGACGAGGUGGCGCCGACGACGCCGACGACGCCGCGGAUACCUCCGUCGGUGAGCAGCAGCGGCAUCGUUCCCGCUCUGGGCAACAAGAACAUCUUCCUGGACCUGUCGUCGCCCGUGAGCGAGAGCGGGUCCAACCUCUCCCAGGGUCAGAGGCAGCUCCUCUGCCUGGCGCGCGCCAUGCUCAAGAACCCCACCGUCCUGGUCAUGGACGAGGCCACGGCCUCGAUAGACUACGUCACCGACGCCAAGAUCCAGGAGACGAUCCGCGAGCUCACAGGCACCGUCGUCACCAUCGCCCACCGUCUCCAGACCAUCGUCGACUACGACAAGGUCCUGGUCCUGGACAAGGGUGAGGUCAUGGAGUUUGCACACCCGUGGGAGCUCAUCUCCAACGAAGAUUCUCUCUUCAGGAGUAUGUGUGAGACUAGUGGCGAUCUAGAUGCUCUCAUUAAGGCAGCCAAAGGGAAAUGGGAUGAAGGAAGGUUGGUGGAUGAUGAGUAG